AGUUUGUUGGGGGUUGAGGUAGCUAUACUAAUACCAAUGUUAUUACUGUUCCUGUUGAGCAUUGACAAAUUUGGAUUACCGUCUACCUUUCACACGCCCAACUCAUUCUCUCAUCGCUCUCACCCUUCUUAUAAAGUACUGCCAUUAUUUGAAUUUCCAACCCACCGCAUUAUUUCUAACCCUUAAGUUCACUUCCUCUUUCUCUUCUUCUUCUUCUUCUCUCUCUCUCUCUCUCUCUAAUGGAGUUCAUCAUAUUACUUUAUGGUGCAACAAUGCUGUACUUGUGUUUCCUGAUCUGGAAACUGUUUGAUCAGAGAAGAGACCAAGAGUGUUACAUAUUGGACUACCAACUGUACAAGCCAAGCGAUGAAAGAAAGCUUGGAACCGAAUGCUGUGGCAGGAUCAUAGAGAGGAACAAGCAUUUGGGUCUGAAUGAGUACAAAUUCCUCCUCAAAGCCGUUGUCAACUCCGGCAUUGGUGAGGAAACGUAUGCCCCAAGUAACGUUAUCGAGGGUCGUGAGGCAGCUCCAACACUGAAAGAUGGUGUCACGGAAAUGGAGGAGUUUUUUCAUGACAGCAUUGCCAAGCUCCUUGCAAGUUCAGGCAUUUCCCCCUCGCAGAUCGAUGUGCUUGUGGUGAAUGUCUCUAUGUUCUCCGUUGUUCCUUCCCUGACUUCAAGAAUCAUCAACCGCUACAAAAUGAGGGAGGACGUAAAGGCUUACAACCUCACUGGGAUGGGUUGCAGUGCCAGUCUUAUUUCACUGGACAUCAUUAAAAACAUUUUCAAGUCGCAUAAGAACAAGUUUGCUGUUUUGGUGACUUCCGAGUCUCUCAGUCCAAACUGGUAUAACGGCAACGACAGAUCAAUGAUUCUUGCCAACGGUUUGUUCCGGAGUGGUGGGUGUGUGAUACUUUUGACAAACAAAAGAUCCUUCAAGCACAGGGCCAUGAUGAGGCUGAAGUGUUUGGUGAGGACUCACCAUGGGGCUAGAGAAGAUGCUUACAGUUGCUGCAAUCAGAAGGAAGAUGAAGAAGGCAGGCUUGGGUUUUACCUUGGAAAAAACCUUCCCAAGGCAGCUACAAGAGCCUUUGUUGAUAACCUAAGGGUGUUGUCACCCAAGGUUUUGCCAACUAGAGAGUUGCUAAGGUUUAUGGUUGUGUUCCUCUUGAGAAAACUGAGGGAUAGUAGUUCCCUUAAGUCUUCAAGUGGGGGAUCUAGUAAGUCUAAUAACAAAUCUCCUUUGAACUUCAAAACUGGGAUUGAACAUUUUUGCCUGCACACAGGAGGAAAAGCUGUGAUUGAUGGGAUUGGAAUGAGCUUAGAUCUGUGUGAAUAUGACCUUGAACCAGCAAGAAUGACACUCCAUAGGUUCGGCAACACUUCUGCUAGUAGCCUGUGGUACGUGCUGGGGUACAUGGAGGCCAAAAAGAGACUCAUGAAGGGUGACAGAGUACUGAUGAUAAGCUUUGGUGCUGGCUUUAAAUGCAACAGUUGUUUGUGGGAGGUAAUGAAGGAUCUGAGGGAUCAUCCUAACGUGUGGGACGAAUGCAUUGAUGACUACCCACCAGAGUCCUUGGCCAACCCUUUCAUGGAGAAAUUUGGUUGGAUCAAUGAUGUUCAAGAAGCAAGCAACUUCAAACUCCAUGAUUUUAUCAAGUAAGGUUUCAUGUGUUGUUCACAAUUUCUAUAAUAUAUCUUCAGAAAUUUAAGAGUUUUGAUACUGUUGUUAUCAAGAAUCUUUCUUCCUAUCAUAUAACAAAAAAGAAAACGGUAUCAAAAUUCUUAUAUUCUCUGGAUACUAUAGAAAACGUUCAAUGAAAAAAAA